AUGGACGCCUCCUCCCUCCGCAUCUCCAAGUUCGAUGGAACUAACUUCCACGCCUGGAAGUUCAAGAUGCAGAUGGUGCUGGAGGAACGGGACCUAUGGGAGGUCGUCAGCGGUGAGAUCAAGGCGGAACAGUGCGAGACUCAGUUGGACCAAGCGACGUACAAGAGGAAGUCAAGAAAGGCGAUGGCAGUGAUCUGUCUAGCCAUGGAAGAUUCCCAGCUACCGUUGGUCCGGUCGGCAAGUGGUGCAUGCGACGCAUGGUCAAGGUUGGAAGACCACUUCGAGAAGAAGAGUCUUGCCAACAAGCUGUUCUUGCGCCGUCGCUUCUUCACGACAAUGAUGGAAGAAGGCGACGAUGUGCUCGAACACAUCAACAAGCUCAAGACGCUGGCGGAACAGCUAGAAGCGGUGGGGGCUCCAGUCUGCGAGGACGAUCUGGUGAUCACACUCCUCGGCAGCCUGAGUGACUCGUAUCAAUUCUUGAUCACAGCUUUGGAGUCGCGCUCAGACACUCUUAGCUGGGAGCUCGUGACGUCUCGACUGCUUCAUGAAGAAAUGAAGCGGAAGGAGCAAGGAAGUAAAGGUGAUGAAGCUUCGCAAGGUCAAGCGUUCAUCACAAGGGACAAUCAGCGCAAAGGGCGACCAGUGAAGAAGUCCUGGCCGUGCCACAAUUGCGGAAAGAUUGGUCACUGGAUGGCGGAGUGCCCCUCGCGCAUCCAAGAAAACACGGAGAGACACCGGCCACAGCGUGCUCAAGACAGCGGCGACCGCUAUCGAUCACAACGUGCAAACGUCGCUCAAGAAGAAGACUCGGGCGACUACCUCUUUUCGAUCGGUGAAACGACAUCUGCGAAAUCGAGCGACAUCUGGCUGGUCGACUCCGGGGCGACGCAGCACAUGACGUGCUCCAAGAAGUUCAUGCGGAACUACAAGGGGUUUGACGCUGUGGAUGUCCAUCUCGCGGAUGAUGGAAUCGUCCAAGCAAUCGGCAGUGGGGACAUUGUCAUGUCGAUGAAGACACCCCAAGGGAUGAAGAAAGGUGUGCUCACAAACGUGUGGCACAUCCCAAAGUUAUCCAGAAACCUGUUCUCGGUCGGCCGCUUCACCAAGGAUGUCGGCCCAGUGACGUUCACGAAGGAUGGGUGCUAUGGAGAAGCGAAAGGGACCAAGUGGAAAAUUGGUGCCCGUGAAGGUAAAGGACUGUUCAAGCUGCAAAUUGUUGAAAAGACAGCAGCUGUGAAGAAGACACCUCGUCAAGCUGCGUCAAGUGUUGAAGCAAGUGGAAGACCAAGCUUCGCUAUACCGGUGGGUACCGGUAUGUACCAGUAA